AAGUAUCAAGAAGAAAUAAGACAUUUACAAUAUUAUGAAGAUAAUGCUAUUUGUAAAAUAAAUUGGGGUCAAAAUUGUUUGACAAUAAGGCUGUGGUGCUUUAAUCUUAUACAAUGUAGUUAGAUAUCUUGUAGAAUAAGAAGUGAUUCACCUCGGGUAUUUGUUGAUUAAACAGUGCUUUUCUUUCUGAUUCACAACACAGGUUUUUUUUUUUAAAUGUUCACUACAAAUGUAUUUUUCUGCGAUCCUCAAACCUACAUGGCACCACAUGCCUUAACUGAAUCUACUUUGUAAUAUACCUUUACGUGACUCACAAGGCUACGUGCAAACACGCAGACAAACAUGUCACUCAAAAUGUUGUAGCCGAGCCACUGGUUAAACAUUUGACCUAACUAUCUUUUGAAACUGUUUCUCCGCCGCUUCUGUUAAAUAACAUUCCAGGGUUCAUAAAACAUGACCUUCUACAUGUUUGUAAGAUGACAAUGAAAUCUGAACAAUUGGACUCUUGUCUUCAUAAAAUAAUAUUUAAAGUCACUAUCUGCACAGGACGAUUUGGGAUUAUUUUAAUCUUGAAUCAUAAACUGCAUUUUAUGAAAGAAAUGACACGGAUUUUAAAACAAUAAUCCUAGUGAUACACACAUCUGUACUAUUUUAGAACAGCAAUGAUUAAUGAAUUAAUCAAAUCAGUAAAUAACUUGAAUUAAAUGUGAUAAGAUGUCAUUGAUCCCUUGGUCAAAUUGAAAAGCAACCCAGCAUUAAAUAUAAUUAAAAAUAAAUAAGCCACCUUUCCCAACUGCAACGUGUACAUUGAAAUGCAUUUGAUAAUUGUAAUAUACAUUACUCUAAAAUAGGCCAUUCUGUAUGAUAAUGAGAAGGCUCGCUUUUAUCUAUGAUACUUUGAUGCUAACAAUUAUAUUUAUUUUCGUGAAAUAUUGGAUUAAUGACUUUCACUUGUAACAGUAUUUAUGUGGUCGUGGUACUUUUAAAUAAACACGACUUUACAGAUCAGUGCAUGCAUCCCCAGUGAUCAUAUAAUAGUAGCUGUAUUAGGAGCCACUUUGAGUUUAAGGAUAUAGUCAAGAAUAUCCUCCCUCAUUUUAUCAGUCAUGUUUUGUUGAGGAAAUGUCGUGCAGAAGACAGAUUGGGGGCGGAGAAAUUGGGAUCUGCCAAGUGGGAGGUUCGGUCACAUGCAAGUCAGAAUCAAAACGUUCAGGUUGUCACUCCUCCAACACAAGGGGAGAGAGUUCACGCCGCAGACACCUGUUGCUUCCUGACGACUUUCUUCAUGGUGCUACAGCGAAACCGUUCGCGGAGUAACUCAUAACAACAGUAAGUUAACCAGCACACAUCGGCUGCUUCGAAACGGUUUAACAGUUUAUUCUAGUGGGAAUAUGGAGCCCAGAGCUGCAGUGAAGGAGAAGUUUUUCAUCGUGAUACGAGGGAAGUCAAGGAAAGGCUUCUGCCGGGGAUGUAUCGGUCGUGUGGAGACGGAGACGCAGUGUGGGGAGCUGACGGGGCUGCUGUACUGCGCUGGGAGCAACGCUUUGAAUCCCAAGAGUGGAGGCACCGUGAGGAAGGAGGACACCUACUCUCUGACCCGCCACCAGGCCCAGCUGCUGCUCUUCGUUUCCUCUGUGAGCAAACGCCUGGAGCUGCUGUGCAACCCCCAGCUGUUCUCUGCUAUCUGCGAGCUGUCUCAGGACGACCUGGUGGUGGUGAAGCACAAGAAAGGACACCUGCCGGGGCUGGUGAAGAACCUGAUGCAGAUCGGGAGGAAGGAGCACAAAGACGACCUGCACAUGCUCGGCUUCGAGGUGGAGUUUGUGGACAGUGAUCAGAAUUUGUCCUCCAAGAAACCCCCCCCUCUGCCCCUGUUCAGCGCGGCGGACGUUGUGCAGGUGGUCCCGUCGUACUCGGUUCCCCUCGGACUGCACUGGAAGGACGGACAAUCUGGGGGUCUGAACAGAAAAGCGGUGACGCGCAUCAACUCCUUGCCGAAUAUUGGAUCUCAUGCACGACAAACGAGGGAGAACCUUACGGAGCAGAGUACCGUUCAGGGCCAAAGUCCAAGUGCAUCUCAUGUGCCUCUGGAGGUGGGGUCCCUGGUGGAGGUGGUGUCCAACUCGGGGGUCACAGUGUACGGAGUCAUCCAGUGGUUGGGGGUCCCUGCAGGGAAGACUAAUGAAUGGGCUGGAAUCGAACUGGACUAUGAUGUGCGCGGUUGCUCUGAUGGAAAGUAUGGAAGCCAGCAGUAUUUCACCUGCAAAGCGAGCAGGGCUUUGUUUGUUCCCGUCACAAAGUGCAGCCCCGACAGCAGGUUCAGCUGCUCCUCCUCAGGAAGGGGGACCUCCAAACCCACAGACACACUUCUAGUUCCUCUGUAUGAGGACCCUGAGGAGUACGCCCCUCCUUGUCCUGAAUCGGAGGCCUUGUCUUUGUUGGUGGGGAAAAUGAAGGGGAUUCAGGGUCACAUCAACUCCUGUUACCUUGAUGUCACACUCUUCAGUUUGUUCAGCUCCUCUGUGACCCUGGAUAAUAUCUGCCAGACGCCUGCUGACACAGAGAGACCCAUAAUGUGCACUUUCAGAGAAAUCGUCAACCGUUUGCGAAGACAAGGAUUUGUGCCGGCUCAAAGUGUAAUGAACUUCAGACAACAACUUGGCUGUGACACCUUCCGAACAGAGGAGAAAGAUCCAGAGGAGUUCAUCACAGUCCUCUUUCAGAAAGUGCUUCGCAUGGGCCCUUUGAUUAAGCUCCGAUCAGGACAGGACACAUGUCAGGGGGCCUACACAUUCCAGAUCUUUCUAGAAAAAGGACAGAUGGGACAGAUGCCCUCCGUCCAACAGCUGCUGGACACAUCCUGCCUGUCAGGGGACCUCAAGUUUGAAGAGGUGCCCUCCUGUCUAAUGGUUCAGAUGCCCAGAUUUGGAAACAAGUACAAGAUGUUUUCUCACAUAAUCCCCACCACUGAGCUGGACAUCACAGAUCUCCUUUAUAACUCUCCGAGGGAAUGUUUCCUCUGUGGGCAUCUGGCUGAGUUCGAGUGUCUUCAGUGUCUCCCAGAUCGCAAAAUGCAGCCGGGGAGAAUCAAACCGUUCUGCUCCACAUGUAACACGCAGGUCCACAGCCACCCCUCUCGGCAGGCCCACUCCCCCAGAGCACUGCCGGCCCCCGCGGCCUCUGAUACUCCGGUCCCCCGACACACCAUGCAGCUGUUUGCCGUGCUCUGCAUUCAAACCAGUCACUAUGUGUCCUUCCUCAAAUACGGCCCUGAUCCUCACUCCUGGCUCUUCUUUGACUGCAUGGCAGACAGACAUGGUGACGAUCAACAUGGCUACAACAUUCCUGAGAUCCGAGCUUGUCCGGAGCUGGGUGACUUCCUGUCUCAGCCGGAGGAGGACAUGGCCCGCUCCCACCCCUCCCAGACUCCUGAGCUGGUACGCAGGCUGCUGUGUGACUCCUACAUGUUUUUAUACCAAAACCCAGCCACGCCACUUUCUAGGUCAAACCACGAGGAGCCCUUUAACUGAUUUUGACAGGGGGGACAAUACGUUCCUAUAACAGUGCCUUCAUAACCUUGCAUUUCUGCUUAAUCUGCAAGAUGUUGUGUUGGUUAUUACAUCAAAACAAUAGGAGCUAAACGGAUGCUUUUAACAUCAUGGGGGAAGACUAUAUUAUUUUCCUGUUCAGACAUUUGACUAUGAAUUUAAGAUGAUAUUUAAUAUGUUUUUAAAUGAGGUUUUGGGCGGUUUUGCCUUUUUAUGUGAAGGAGGACAGCGUAGGUUCAAAUGCCUGAUUCUAACCUUGGACGCUGUUUGGCAUGGUGCCAUAACCACAGCAGCAACACAGGCUCCCCAAGCAGAGUCAAACUUUAUGCAAAUGUUUAAAGAGGGAGAGCAGUAGAUGUAUAACACUCUGAACGCUACUUUAUCUCUUGAAUGUCUUGCUGUUGUUACACUGUAAUUAUCCAUUCCAAUAUUUCUUAAAGGAAAUUAUAGCAUUAGACACACAAAUUAAUAUAUUGUAAUGUAUUUUAUUGUUUUAUUAUUUAGAGUUCAUUAAAACACUACGUGACAUGUGUUACAUUAUUUAAACUUGGAUUGUCAUUGUGACUUUAAACACUGAAGCCCACAUGCUUCUUCAGUUGCUGUUUAAGGGCUGUCUCUUGAAAAACAGAAGACUGGAGUAAAUGUACAGUGUGUACUUUCUAUGGUUUUUACUGUAAACUAAUGCACUGAGUGCAGAUUUUAAAAGGGCAUUUUAGUAGAUAUGUAAUAUAUAGUUUUUAUCAUUAAAGUGUAAAUAAAUCCAGUUGGAUAUCGGUGAAUCACAGAAUGUUAUUGUACAAGGAAUAUACACAGAAUCUCCUUAAGGAGAGACCUAUCAUUGUGUUUUUAGCAGCCGUUUACAGUGAAAAUGUGUAUUUGGAUUCAUUCAAUCCACCACAUCUAAAGUCUUUUUUAUGCUAAAUCUGUAUCUAAUCUUACGAGGCAAUACAAGUGGUGCAUUGAACUGUACUUUGAGGACGGGUGAGCCUUUUCAGGAUACAUUAUGGGCUGCAAUGCCCUCUUGUGGCAAUCAUCCUUAACUGUGAAACACUAUUUUCUUAUCAACACAUUGUGUACUGCAGGCCGAUCCAAACAGACCAAAAUGAACAUUAUUCUUAUAAUCACUGGUGGAAUAAAUAUUCAUUCAAAAAUAAAAACACAGCAAAACAAAGAUUCAAG